AAAAAUGUGAACAGUAGCAUUCAUAUUAUAUUCUGAAAUGUGGUAUGGUAGUGUUCUUUUCCGAACAUAGCCAUGCAUUGUCUUUACAUGCAGUGAAACCUCCUAUACACCAGGUGGCGCAAUCAGCUGCAUAAUCCCAGUAAAGUUCUUACCGGUAAUCUUCUUAGUUACAGUCCCCCUCCCUCUCAGCCAUCUGCUUUGGCUCAGAAGUGAAGUUCAUUUUCUUACUGAGUGCUAAAGGAGAGACCUGUCCAUCUACCUCAGGAUGUAUAAAGCUUUUGACAGCCGUUGGGAAAAUGAAAGCAAGGACGAUGAAGGAUCUCUGUCCUCUCCCUCCUUCUGGACAGAUCAGGAAAGUGAGGGGGAAGACAGGGACUGUGUUAAGAAAGAAAACAGAGCGAAUGAGAGAAAGCCUGAAGAAGACCAUAAGGAUGUCAAAGAAAGCUUUUUAAUGGGAGGUGAUAAAAAGAAGAGGGUGAAGGAGAUGCUUCAAGGAAAUGAGUUGGGGAAUGAGAAAUAUCCUGAGGAAGAUGAAAGUGAAGUAGAGAGAGAAUGUUUCAUAGAUGAUGAAAAUAAAAACAGCGUAGAGAUAACAAGAACAAGACAAGAAGAGGAGGAAGAAAGUGAAAAGGAGGAGGAAGAAUGUGGAGAGGAGGAGGAGGAAAGUGGAGAGGAGGAGGAAGAAGAAAGUGAAGAGGUGGAAGAAGGAAGUCGAGAUGAGAAAGAAGAGCUGUGUGAACAACAGACAGGAAAUGAAAAGGAGGAAGAGGAGGACGCAAAAGAAAGUGAAGAGGGGGAAAAAGGAAAAGAGCUUGAAGAGGAAGAAGAAUUUGAGCUGUGUGAACAGGGGGAAGGGAAUAAAAAGGAAGAGGAAGAGUCAGAAGAAAGUGAGGAGGAAGAGGAUAUGAGUGAGGAUGAAAAGGACAAUGAGGAGGAGAAAGAAAGCUCAGCCAGUGCAGAAAACUCUGAAGAAAAUGAAGAGACAAAAGCCCAAAGUGAUGAUUCAGAGGGCGAGAAAGAUCAGGUGAGUUUGAAGGAGAGUGAAGAAGAGGAGUCUUUUCCAAAAGAAGACUCAACAAGUGAAGAAAAGUGUACAGGUCAGUUAUCAGAGUGUGAGGAAAAGAAAGAGAGCCUCACCAAGCAAGAGAGCACAAGUGGAGGUGGAGAGCAAAAUAGCCAUUUUUCAAGGGAAGGCGAACAGGAGGAAAGAGAAGAAAAUGAAGGAGCUAAUGUACGUUGCAUACCUGAAGAUAGUGAAGGCACUGAGGGAAAAAUAGAUGGUGGUAAAUCUUUGGUGAAGGAAGAGAGAACAAGAAAUUCUGAAAGCGAGGGAUCAGAGAAUAGUAAACAGAGAGCACCUAACAAUGAGGAAGAAGAGCGAAACGAAAGUACAGAGGAAAACCCUAAAAGCGAUGAGGAGAGGAAUUGUGGAAAUGCAUAUGACGAAGAGAUUGAGAUUGGUAAGAGCAGGCCUGGAGCAGAUGAAUGUGAUUAUUGGAUGGAAGAAGUGAAACUACACAAUUCAGGUGAAGAGGAUGAUGAAGUAUCAAAAGGAGGCAGUGAGGAAGAAGAGAAGAGAGAGUGGUUUUUCAAUGAACCUGUUGAGGAGAAGGAGGCUUGUGACCAGGACAGGAAGUCAUGGGCAAGUGAUGAUGACUAUGUUACAAUAGCCAGUGGCCAUUCGCAGAAAGAAGAGGAAGAGAAUGAUAACAUGAUGCCUGCUUGGGAACAAGAGCGUGGUGAUGUACAGCAGACGAAGGAAACUAGAGACGUUUAUGUUGAGGAUUUUCAUGAAAGUCUGGGCAGCCCUGCGGCAAGUGUUUUAACUUCCGGUUACGGCACGUACAGACCAGACUCGCCUAAAGACGGAGACCCAGAGGAAGUGGAUUAUAGAGACGACUGCACUCUGGGUGGAUUAGAAGAAGAGAGCCAAUCGGUCUUGGAUGCUCGUGAUUACGAGGAUGACAGCGGUCCGGCGUGGUUCAGAGACAAUCAAGCAUUAGAAACAUCUGAUGGACGAGCUCCUGCUGAAUCACCGGAUGGUAGUCGAGAUGUAACCGUCUGCACUGAUCAAAGCCAUGAUGGAUCUGAAGAUGAGGGCCGUCGGUCUCCUGAUCAAACCGAGCAGCACCAGAGUCCCACAGAGGACGACACUGGAACUCGAGAUGGAGGCUCUGAGAAUGUGUCAUAUUUCAGUGACGGUUGGGACAGUCUUGACCACCCCUUUAAUUUGAGGCACAGGAGAGGCAUAGUUCAAAAGAGACCUGAGGAGAAACAGUACAAUGAUGGAUAUGAUGACAGCAAGAAGAGGAGGAAGGAGAAAAGAGUCCGAGCUUAUACUGGCUGCCUUGGUGCAGUUAGUGAGCUGGAGGAGCGUUUGGACCAAAUGCGGAUUGGUGCAUCUCGUGUGCACUACGACUCAGAGAGUGAAGAAAGCGGAAGCUAUACUGACAGAUCCAGCUCUGUGACGGAGGAACCCCCGAGUGCUUUCCAAGAAUACAUCAAAGGCAUGACACGAUCACACAGCGAGAGCGAUAUCCGACCACGUCCAAAGUCAUUUAUACGGCCACUUUUUGAUCAUCCUCACACAAGGAACUUGAAGAAAACUGAUCCAGUGGCGAAGUAUUUCCAGUAUAAGCAGGACUGGGAGAUGUUUAAACCUCCAGGAGAGAAGAGCAGGAAGGAGCUGCACUGGGCCAUCAGGGAACAACUUAUGUAUCAGCCUCCACCACAGAGACCUCAGAAGACGUACAUCCCCAACAAUUAUGUGGUUCCAACAGAGAAGAAGCGAUCUGCACUAAGAUGGGAGAUCCGACAUGAUUUAGCACAUGGCAUUAUCCCAACAAAAAUCUCCUAUCCUUAACACAGAGAAUCUUCCACCUAUGCCUUAUCUUUUAUAUAUAUAUAUAUGCUUAAUGCUAUUAUUUAUUCAUGAUAUUGACAUUUUUUUACUCCAUUGUACAUGUGAAAUGAGAUUUCAAGAUC